CUUUGUAUCCCUGUGAUCAACGAAGUUUCUCGAACAAAAUGGCGGACGGGAAUGGUGCUACAGCUGGAGAACGCAAUGAAGAAGUACGGGGUUGGCCUGCUGUUAAGGUAGUUCUAUUUGAAAACAAAUACAGCACUGCACAAUGGUUGCUGAGAAUGUACACAAUUGGCUGCACACUUUUCUUUUUAGUUCCACUGUUUGGGUCCCAGUUUAGUGCAAAUUGUUUCAAAAGAGUUUUAUUGUCCUCUGCAACUAUCUCAGCACUGAGGUUGCAUCAACGACUUCCGAGGUUCCAGUUCAGUCGAUUGUUUUUUCAACAACUUAUCCAAGAAGAUGCUUUUCAUUAUCUUUGUUACAGUGUUUUAUUCAUCAUGGCACAUGCAGCGACCCUUGUUUUAAUCCCCAUAACGUUGUUUGCUGUACUACAUGCGGGAAGUUUCACUCGCAGGAUCAUUGAUGCGGCAGGUUCUGACAACUUUUUCCUACGAAGAAUUCGUCCUUAUGUUUUGAAAGUAGAAGAUCGACAAACACAGCAAUCGCUACUUCAGUUCAUCGCAAGCUCAGAGAUCAUGAUGAUGCUUGUUACCAUUCUAAUGCUUCUUAGUGCUCAAGCGAGUUUUCUGGUGCCAUUUUUCUACUAUAGAUUUCUACAGCUGCGGUACACUUCUAGACGAAACCCUUAUUCUCGGUUGAUGUUUCAACAGAUGCGUUUGGGUGUAGAACAGCUGGCGCGUAACCCAAAGUGUCCGGCGGUUGUAGGCCGGGUGCUAUUUGGUUUCACCGGUUUUGUAUCUCGGCUAGCACCAGCAGCCCAGGAACAACAACAACAACAGUAGCGAGUAGGGCCUAGGAAAUGUUUUUACCUUGCACUAAGUUAAACGAAUUUUUCUUUCCUGCAUUUAUGUGUUUUGGUUGCUAAUAUGAUACAAUUACUGUGAAUUGGUACCAUCAAGCAUCUAUUUUGUAUAAAGUAACUAGACAAGUUAUA